AGAGAGAGGGGGGGCAGACUUUUACCUGUCAGUAGCCUCUAUCAGAGAUUUCCAGUGUUUCUCGCUUGUUCGUACCAGAUCUCCGAGGUCUAGUUUGUUUGAAGUAAAAGUUCUUGUUCUUUGUGUUCUAGUUCAACAUGGAUUAUUUUGCUUUGUUCUUGUGUGCUGGAUGUGUUGUAUUAUCUGGUUUUGUCCUCAGUGUUGAAGCUUGUUUGCCAGAUAGUUCUGAAUGUAUUCGACUGUCUCAAGUCCAAAGUAUAAACAAAGAUCAAAUGCCUGAAAUUUGCAAGAACUUAACCAAGUCCAAGUCCUGUUUCGACAAGGUCCUUAGGGAAUGCAAGUCGGCUGAUGAGAGCAGAAUGAUAAGCAUGGCCAAGAACUCGACGGAGUUUCAGUAUAAUACUUAUUAUCAUGAGCAGUUAGUCGUAUAACUAAGAACCUGAAAGACAAUAUUUUUGUGUCAACAUACUCACCAAGGUGUGAAGAGUGAGAACACAGCGAGUAUUUCUGGAGCUGCCUGCCUCCUGGUCACCUUCUUUCUGGUUGUUCUGGUUCAAAUGUAAUUUUUACGAGAUAGGGAGGGGGGAUAAUUGCUUUAUUCUUACAUCUCUUGUGUAUGGUUGUAUAUAUUUAUGAGUGUAUGUUUUUUUUUUUAUUUUAGAUUAGUAGAUAACUGUCUUGGAAUCUGAGAAAGUGGGUCACUUGAAGUUGAAUUUAUUUAUGUAUAUAUAUAUAUUUUUUUAGAUUUGUAGAUACUGUCUUUGCAUCUAUGAAAGUAGGUCACAUGAAGUUGAAAACUAUAUUUAUGUAUUUAUUUCUUUUUAGUUUUGUAGAUAGCUGUCUUAACAUCUGAGAUAGUGAGAAACUUGAAGUUGAAUAUAUUUAUGUAUGUAUUUAUUUUAUUGAUUUGUAGAUAACUGUUUUGGCAUAUAAGAAAGUAGGUCAGUGAAGUUGAAUAUAGUUAAGCAUGGAUUAUUUCUUUUUUAACAUUUUUAGAUAACGGUCUUGGCAUCUAAGAAAGUAGGUCACUUGAAGUUGAAUAUAUUUAUGUAUUUAUUUAUUUAUAUUUAAGAUUUGUAAAUAGCUAUCUUCCAAACUAUGAAACUAGUUCACUUGAAGUUGAUUAUAUUUGUGUAUUUUUUAAAAUAGAUUUAUAGAUAAUUAUUUUGGAAUCUAAGAAAGUAGGUCACUUGAAGUUGAAAACUAUAUUGAUGUAUGUAUUUCUCUUUUUAGAUUUGUAGAUAACGGUCUUGGCAUCUAAGAAAGUAGGUCACUUGAAGUUGAAUAUAUUUAUGUAUUUAUUUAUUUAUAUUUAAGAUUUGUAAAUAGCUAUCUUGCAAACUAUGAAACUAGUUCACUUGAAGUUGAUUAUAUGUUUCUAUUUUUUUUUAAAUAGAUUUGUAGGUAAUUGUUUUAAAAUCUAAGAAAGUAGGUCACUUGAAGUUGAAUAUAUUUUUGUAUUUUUAAAAAUAGAUUUGUAGAUAAUUGUUUUGAAAUCUAAGAAAGUAGGUCACUUGAAGUUGAUUAUAUUUUUGUAUUUUUUAAAAUAGAUUUGUAGAUAACUGUCUUGGCAUCUAAGAAAGUAGGUCACUUGAAGUUGAUUAUAUUUUUGUAUGCAUUUAUUGCCACCAUCUAAUCACUCUCUUGAAAUGGGGAGUCCUCGCCAUUUGAUCAGUUAAUGUUUAAGCUGUUUUAUUAAAUUGAUUGAAGAUUUGUAAAUUCACAUUCAUACAAGAUGUAUAGUGUAUUGGUAUAUAUUGUAUUUUUCUGUAUAUCAAAAACUAGGUAUAUAUUGUAUUUCUCUAUAUAUCGAAAACUAGGUAUAUGUUGUAUUUUUCUGUAUAUCAAAAACUAGGUAUAUAUUGUAUUUUUCUGUAUUUAAAAAAAAACUAGGUGUAUAUAUAUUACCGUAAUUAUGUUUUUUCCCCCAUGUAUGCUGUAACAUUUCAUUGAGGUAUUUGUCCGAACGGAAGUAAUUGUGACGAAGUCUGUUGCCGAUUGAAAAAAAAAAAAGAUCUAAA